CUCCCUUCCAAGAAACGAAACCUACAGCCUCCUGCCCUGGCUCUCUCCGCCCACCGCGGGAGGAGGGAGAGCCUGGCUGUCCCCGGAGACAUUUGUGCAGCUGCAGCAGACGCAGCACCCGAGUCCUGCCUGGCAACCGCGAUGACCCUGAGAAACACCACGGCCAAGGAUCUGGACAAGUUCAUCGAAGACCAUCUCCAGCCGGACACCAGCUUCCGCACAGAGGUCAGACAGGCCAUCAAUAUGAUCUGUGCGUUCCUGAAGGAGAGGUGUUUCCGAGGUGCCCCUCACCCUGUGCGGGUGUCCAAGGUGGUAAAGGGUGGCUCCUCCGGCAAAGGCACGACCCUUAGAGGCCGGUCUGAUGCUGACCUGGUUGUUUUCUUCACAAACCUGCACAGUUUUCAGGAGCAGGUGUCAUCCCGGGGAGAGUUCAUCACGGAAAUUAGGAGACAACUGCAAGACUAUCAAACCCAUAACUCGAAAGACAUGUUCCAUGUCAUCUUUAAAGUCCAGAAUCCAAAAUGGUCCAACCCCCGAGUGCUCAGCUUUGAGCUAAGUUCCCGCUGGAUCCCAGGGAGGACAGUGGAGUUCGAUGUGCUUCCUGCCUAUGACGUCCUGGGUCAGGUCAACAUCACCAACGCCUACAGACCCAAUCCCCAAAUAUACGAAAAGCUCAUCGAUGAGUGCACCGUGACGCAGACAGAGGGUGAGUUCUCCACCUGCUUCACCGAGCUCCAGAAGGCCUUCGUGAGAGGGCGGCCCACCAAGGUGAAGAGCCUGAUCCGCCUUGUCAAGCACUGGUACCAGCUGUGCAAACAGAAUCUUGCAACACCCCUGCCACCACAGUAUGCACUAGAGCUGCUGACGAUCUAUGCCUGGGAAAAUGGGAGUGGAAAAACCUCUUUCAACACUGCCCAGGGAUUCAGGACCGUCUUGGAAUUAGUUAUCGAGUAUGAGCAGCUCUGCAUCUACUGGACGGAGUUUUAUGACUUUAAAAACCCCACAGUCGGAGACUACCUGUGCAAGCAGCUGAGGAAACCCAGGCCUGUGAUUCUGGACCCCGCCGACCCUACCGGAAACUUAGGUGGUAAAAACUCAGAGCGCUGGCAGUGGCUGGCACAGGAGGCUGAAGCCUGGCUGAGCUACCCGUGCUUCACGCUCUGGGAUGGGUCUUCUGUGAACUCGUGGGAUCUGCCAGAAUUACUGAGUAGAUCGAUAAUGACGCGCGAAAUAGGAACGAACUCAGAGGCCAGGCCUUGGAAGACUGCAGCACACUAUGAGGGCGCAUGGGUGACCCAGCCGCAAGCUGGAACCAGAGGGAAUCCUGAGCCUGCCUUCCUGCAGCACAUGUCAGCUUCGCCAGCUCAGGAGACCUGGUCAUGCACCCUCCUGCACCAGCCUGACCCUCUGCUCACUGCCCGAGUGGCCCGAGGUUCCCCGGGGAUAGCACUGCCGCAGAUGCGAUCUCUUCACUCCAGAAACAAGCUUCUCGGGCCGGAUCCCUCAGUGUCCCCUGCGCUCAUCCACACCUGCCCUCUGCUGCCACAAGGACUGGAUGACACCGUGCGAGGGGCGCACGGGUUGUUGCUGGUCUACAAACCUUUCAGUGUGAGGGGAAAUACUUGUCUGGACCCUCGAAGAGCAGAGAAAGGGUCCGGACCCGGCGCUGGGCCCUCGGCUCUCAUCUGCAAAAUGGGACGGGACCGCGUCCGAAUCAAGAAGAGGCUCGGGGCGGCGCCCUGCAGCUCCUCGGAGCCGGGCGGCCUCCGGGCGCUGAGGGCGGAGCGGCGGGGCCCCCUGCGUGAGUCUCGGGUGCACAGUGAUGCAGUGUCUGGGACGACUCUGAUCUCCCCAAGCUCAGGGCCGCCGGGGGGUCCUCUCCGUCGUGUUCCCACCCGGCUUCCCCGGACUCCGGACCCGGGGCUGUGGAUUCUGCCUACCUGGCAGCUGGACGAGUUUAUCGAAGAGCAGCUGAGGCCCUACGAGGACUGUGAGAGGCUGACCCAGAUAGCGGUGGAUGCCUCUGCAUCUUCCUGUGGGUGGACAGCUUCCCCCACGUGCUGGGGGUGGCCACGGAGCUCCCAGGGUGGCUCCUAUGGCAGGAAGACAGUCUUGAGAGGCAACUCGGACGGCACCAUCGUCUUCUUCCUGAAACAAUUAGAACAGUUCCAGGAUCAGGUGAAAAGCCCUGGUAAUAUUCUGAACGCAAUCGCGCGUGAGGUGGAGGAGCGUCGGCGUGUGUUCAGUCCACUGCCGCUCCAGUGGGAGCUCCUCAGGACCUGUCAGGGCCUCUUUAUCGUGCUGUCCACGCGGUGGCAGAAGAUCACCUUUGAGGUGCAUGCCUUCGAUGCCCUGGGGUUAAGUGAAGAUCCCAGCCCCUGGCUCUAUCGGGAACUCAUCAGAACCAUGGAAAGAGCCUCUCCGGGACAGUUUGCUGUCUGCUUCGUCAAACUCCAGCAGCAGUUUUUUAAUAAGUAUCCCGAAGAAGUGAAGGACUUGAUCCUCUUGAUAAACUACUGGUUUCAACAGUGCAGGCAUAAAAUUUCUGGAGCCCCACUGCCCACCUAUGCUCUGGAGCUGCUGGUUGUGUACGCCUGGGAGAAGGGCUACGGCGCUGAGAACUUUGACCUCACCGAAGGUGUCAGGGCCAUCCUGGGACUGAUCCUGAAGUGGCAGCAGCUGUGUGUCUACUGGACAGUCAACUACAGCCUGAAGGAUGAGACCAUCAGGAACAGGCUCCUGGGCCAGCUCUGGUCCCAGAGGCCAGUCAUCCUGGAUCCGGUGGAUCUAACCCACAAUGUGGGUGGAGACAUCCCCUGGCUGCACCUGCAGGCGGACGCACAAGCCUGGCUGUCUUCACUCAGCCCCACCCCAGCCUGGAGUGUCCCGGUAAGGGGCUCUCCACUUCCCCGGCUGGCGCCGCUCUUCAUGACUCCAGCCCACCAGCUACACCAGUUCGUCAAGGAGUUUCUCCAGCCCAACGAAGAUUUCCUCAAGCAGACCUUGAAAGUGGUUGACGUCAUCUGUAGGUUCCUUAGAGAAAACUGCUUUCCACAUUCAACUACCAAAGUCCAAAGCAUCGUCAAGGGAGGGUCAGCCACCAAAGGCAGGGCUCUGAAGACCGGCUCUGAUGGCGAUAUCAUUGUGUUCCUGGACUCGCUGAAGAGCUUCCCCUCCCAAAAAAUCAAUCGGAGCACAGUCAUCCAGGAAAUCCGCAAGCAGCUGCAUGCCUGUCAGCAGCAGCAGGAGUUUGAGGUGCAGUUUGAGGUUUACAGAUGGAUGUUUUCCAGCGUGCUCAGCUUCUCACUGAGCUCCAAAGAGCUCAGAGAAAGCGUGGACUUCAACGUGCUGCCUGCCUACAACGCACUGGGUGAGGCACCCGACCCUGGAAGUCCACCCUCCCGGGCCUACACAGAGCUCAUCAAUCUGUACCGGUCCUCAGACACCACGGGGGCAGAGUUUUCUACCUGUUUUACGGAGCUCCAGUGCUACUUCAUUCUCUCCCGGCCCACCAAGCUGAAGGAUUUGAUUCGCCUGGUGAAAUACUGGUAUACACAGUGUGAACAGAGAAUGAAGUCAGAGGGUUCUCUGCCCCCCAAAUACGCUCUGGAGCUGCUCACCGUCUACGCCUGGACCGUCCUGGAGCUCAUCACAAAGUAUCAGCAGCUCUGCAUCUGUUGGAAGGUGAAUUACAGCUUCCGGAAAGUGGUCACAGGGCAGUUCCUGCUGAGCCAGCUCCUGAGGCCCAGGCCUGUGAUCUUGGACCCAGCUGACCCCACUGGCGAUGUGGGUGGUGGAGACCGCUGGUGUUGGCAUCUUCUGGCUAAAGAAGCGAAGGAAUGGUGUUCUUCCCUGGGCUUCAGAGAUGGCAUGGGGGACUCCACCCAGCCCUGGAAAGUGCCAGUAAGUGUACUGCAAAGGCGGUUUCUCCUGGAGGCAGCUUUGGAGUGUUGUGCCCAGAUCGCGAUGUCCCCAAAGACCACCAAGGAGUCAAGUCCGAUGUAAAUGCACGAGGAGUUUAUUGCAAGCUCGAGCCUGGACCCUCGUACUUCACCGACUGAGCGGAUUAGCCACGAGAGCCCCGAUUCACUUUUGAAGCAUUAUAUAGGGUUGGGGAGGCUUAAAACUCUUUCUCCCGUUUAUUGAUGCUAUUUUUAACUUUGUGUUACUAUUGGAUAUUGCCAGGGUACUUAUGGGAACAGGAAAAUAG